UCGAACACUCGCGUCCGUACCUCUGUCGCACCCACAACUGCGAGUAUUUCAUAACAUUAUUAUCAUAAAUUUUUGUGUCGUCUCUGGACAUAAUAAUAACAUAAACAAAAUUAUAUCGCCGUACAUGACACACAGUGUGUAAUAAUAAUACCGCAAACCCCAAGUCCGAACGUCGGUUGGUGAUUUCCGUUCUUUCGAUUCGAAAACCGUUUGAACGCGCAUCGUUUUAAAUGUACGACAACGGCGGCGCGAAAAUCUCGCCUCAGCAGCCAUGUCUGCCGCGGGCCUAGUCACGGGCACCACGGACGCCACUAACAUCAACAACAACAACAACAACUGCUACUACUACAACAACCGCUUCGGCGGGACAAGACCUCCGGCACCCAACAAACCGCCCUCGCGCGGGAUCGCGUCAUCGUCUGCAGAGCYGGGUCGGCGGACAAAUUGUUGCCACUGUAUUAGCUGACGAACGUUUUUUGUUUCAUUAUCUUAUUAUUAUUAUUUUUUUUUUUUCAUUCUUUAUUGGACAUUUUUUAUUUCAACCGACGACACUAUAACGUAACGACGUUUAUAUUUACAUUAAUAGUUAUAAUAAUAAUACCUAAUAAUAAUUCGUAUUUCACUAUACCAUCCAUCGUCGUCGUUCCAAGAAUUAUUGUAUACCAUUUAAAUGUAUAUCCAUUGCGUCCGGUUCGUUUUUUAACGUAAUAUUUUAAACCAUAAACGAUAAAAUAUCUAUUGUGAUAUCAUAUAUUAUUAAUAUAAUAUACUGUCGUUUUGAUAACAUUGCCGUUCGAUUUACGCAGUCGCGCGACGACUGCAAUCGAACACCGUCGCACCGUCUUUCGCGGCGCGAGAGCUGUAUAGUACAAGAAACACUACUGUUGUGGUGAGCACCUGAAGACCAUCGUUGUCGUCGUGACCACCGAUCAACGGCCGCUACAAUGCCGAGCACAAUCAGAGCUCAAAUCGAGAUCAUACCGUGCAAGGURUGCGGUGACAAGUCCAGCGGCGUCCACUACGGCGUGAUUACGUGCGAGGGCUGCAAAGGAUUCUUCCGGCGGUCGCAGUCGUCCGUGGUCAACUAUCAGUGCCCGCGCAACAAGAAUUGCGUGGUGGACCGAGUCAACAGAAACCGGUGCCAGUACUGUCGGCUCCAGAAAUGUCUGCGGUUGGGCAUGUCCCGUGACGCUGUCAAGUUUGGGCGUAUGAGCAAGAAGCAACGAGAAAAGGUCGAAGACGAAGUACGAUUCCACAGGGCGCAGAUGCGUUCAACAGCAGCCGCCGCGGCCGCGGCCGCAGCUGCAGCGGUGGCCGCGCAGGCCACUGCCAUUGAUUGCUGUUCGACUACGACCGGCAUUGGCAGCGGUGGUGGUACCGCGGCCGUAGCCGCUGACUCGUCAGUGUUCGAUCACGACCAGCACGGGCAGCAGCACGGGCACGGGCAACAGCAACAGCAGCAGAUGCCCUCCAGCACCGCCGACCACGGGCUGCGCUUACACCAACUGCACAGUGGGGGAGGACAUCUYUCGCAACACCACCAUCAGCAACAACAGCAGCAGCAACAACAGCAACAGCAGCAGCUACAACAGCAGCAACAACAGCACCAGCAACACCAGCUCCACGGCCAGCAGCAACAGUUUAACAUCAACAGUAACGUCCAGCAAGCUUACGCCGCGGCCGCAGCAGCAGCCGCCGCUGCAGCAGCGGCUGCUGCGUCCGGCGGUGGCGUCAAUGGAUCGAACGGCGGCACAGGAGUCGGAUAUGGAGGUGGCGGGUACAACGGCAGCGGCGGAACGAACGCGGCCGCAGCAGCCGCGUCGCUUGUGGUGGACACGUUCGCGGCGUACGCGGCAGCAGCCACUUCGUCGGCGGUGCAGGCUGGCGCGAGUGGUUCCGUGCCGCCCCCAUACGACACGGCGGCAACGAGCAGCAAUUACGUUGCGGAUAGCACGACACCGGCAGCGUCCAGCACGACGCCGUCGACGGCCGCGGCCACGUCCACGUACGGCGGUGACAUGGAAGUGUCGUCGGUGGCGGCAGUCGCGUCCGGAGCACAGGACAACUUGAUGGCCGGUGUUUCUGGUUCUACGGCCGCCGUUUCUUCGGCCGCAGAUGCCGUCCAGAUCAGUGAAUUGCUGAGCAAGACCAUUGCAGACGCUCAUGCCCGCACGUGUUUUUACACGCUCGACCAGAUACACGAUGGCAUGUACCGAACAGCCACAAUGGCGGCAGCCAACAAGGCCACUGCCGACAAAUUGAUAAUGUACAAGACCAUGCCUCACGAGGAACUGUGGUUGGAAUGUGCACAAAAGUUGACGUCCGUAAUUCAGCAGAUCAUCGAAUUUGCGAAAAUGGUUCCCGGCUUCAUGAAACUAUCGCAAGACGACCAGAUCGUACUACUCAAAGCGGGAAGUUUCGAGUUGGCAGUGUUAAGGAUGUCCCGACAUUACGACCUUCACCGAGACUGCGUCUACUAUGCUGAUGCAUUGCUGCCAGCAGAUGCGUUUUAUACACAAGACACAGUCGAAAAGAAACUGGUGUCGUUGGCUUUCGAAGUGAGCCGUUCUGUGGCUUCGAUGAAACUUACUGAGACCGAGCUGGCCCUGUACUCGGCUGUCGUGUUGCUGUCGCCAGACCGACAAGGCUUGAAAGGCACUGCAGAGAUCGGUCGCCUCAGACAGGCCAUUCUGCGUGCUCUGCGUAUGGAGCUCGACCAUAGGACCGGUGGUGGCAAAAAUGCCACUAACGUUGAUCUGCAACACCAGCAACAUCAUCAACAGCAGCAACAGCAGCAGAAUCUAGUUUGCGAUGCCCUCAUACAAAAGAUCCCGAUACUCAGGCAACUGGGAAUGCUGCACAUGGAAGCGUUGGCCAAGUUGCGUCGUACUGUUCCACACUUGGAGUUCCCGGCCCUGCACAAGGAACUGUUCUCGGUCGACGGCAGUUGAUCUGAGGAGGAAGGCUGCGACGACGACGACGACGACGGCGGCGGCGGCGUCGGCGGCUGUGAUGGCGGCGGUGGUGGCGGAAGCGGUGGUAGCGGCGACGGUGACGACUCGGUGAAUGACUCGUCUUCGAUCGUCAUCUCGUCGGU